GACGCGUAGAAAAUACCACCAACAAAACCCCCUCUCAAAUCUAAACUCUCAACAACAAAAUUCAACGCCUCUCACAAUCAUCGUAGUCAUCAGUAUAAAACCCCAAUCUUUGAAUUUUCCAGUUCCCGACUUUUCAAUUCGUGCCGGUGAACUUUCUCCCAAGAUCUUCUCGCUCAACGAUUACGAUUACAGUAUACAAGGCCGACUUCUGUGUCAUUGAUACUGCCCCUAAGGAGAACCAAGGGUUUGUGAUUUGAGGCUAGUGGCUGAGGGACAUGGCACAUAACGCAGCUGCAGUUGCUGAGAGGGCGACAAGUGAUAUGCUGAUUGGUCCAGACUGGGCUAUAAACAUCGAAUUAUGUGAUCUAAUCAACAUUGAUCCUGGGCAAACGAAGGAUGCUUUGAAGAUACUUAAGAAGCGCCUGGGAAACAAGAGCCCCAAAAUACAACUUCUUGCUCUUUAUGCAUUGGAAACUCUCAGCAAAAAUUGUGGUGAUAAUGUAUUCCAGCAGAUCAUUGAGCGUGAUAUCCUUCAUGACAUGGUUAAAAUAGUGAAGAAGAAGCCAGAAUUAAACGUGAGGGAAAGGAUACUUAUUUUGAUUGAUACAUGGCAAGAAGCUUUUGGAGGACCCAGGGGAAGGUAUCCCCAGUACUAUGCGGCAUAUAAUGAGAUAAGGUCUGCUGGAGUUGAAUUCCCUCCAAGAGCAGAGAACAGUGUGCCAUUGUUCACUCCACCUCAAACCCAACCGAUAGUUGACCCUACUUCUACAUAUGAAGAUGCUGCUAUUCAGGCUUCUUUGCAGUCUGCCGAUGCUUCUAGUCUCAGCUUGUCAGAGAUACAAAAUGCUAGGGGACUAGCAGAUGUGCUAAUGGAAAUGCUUGGUGCUCUGGAUGCUAAGAAUCCUGAGGGAAUUCGGGAAGAAGUCAUAGUUGACCUUGUAGACCAGUGUCAUUCUUACCAAACGCGGGUCAUGCUUCUUGUGAAUAGUACAACGGAUGAGGAACUUUUAUGUCAGGGACUGGCACUAAAUGAUACAUUGCAGCGUGUUCUUGGCCGUCAUGAUGACAUUGCAAAAGGAACCACCAUUCUCACAGGAGGGCCAGUGAAUCCAGUUUCACCUUUUGUUGAUGUUAAUCACGAGGAUGAUGAAUCAGAGGAUGAGUUUGCCCAACUUGCUCACAGGUCAACUAGAGAUGGUCCACAAGGACUGGUGAGGAAACCAGCCAGUGGCAGGAGUGAGACAGGGCAAGUCAGCCCACUUAUUCCUCCACCUCCCCUAUCGAGGAAGCCAGUCGCUACUGAUGCCGGUAAUGUUGAUUACCUCAGUGGUGAUGCGUACAAAUCUGAAGAAUCUCCUGAUAUGCUAAACCCAACAGCAUUCAUUGCUCAUUCAAGCUCAAAUUCCACCUCCCCUCCUUAUUCCUCAAAACCAGCAAAGUCGACUGUACUCACAGGAGGGCCUGCAUAUGAUGAGCCAGAACCAGCUCCAUUUAGCAAAUCUCCUGAUCAACUGCCCCCAGCUCCUUGGGACACUCAGUCUGGCAAUCUUCCUCCCCCACCUUCAAGGUAUAAUCAGAGACAACACUUCUUUGAUCAACAAUAUGGUUAUUCAAGUGGUCCUUCUCAUACAAGUACCGGAUCUAGUUCCUCUUAUGAUGGCUUAGUGGGACAGGCUCAGAAUCUCUCUCUCAAUUCAUCUACCCCUGCUAAGCAACAAAAAAGUGAAGAUGCUCUCUUUAAAGAUCUUGUUGAUUUUGCAAAAGCCAAAUCAUCGUCACCUUCCAAACCCAACAAGUCAUAUUGAGUAGUUGGGCACUCAUUUGUGGUUUUUUUUGUCAGUUCAUCUGGUGUUUAGAUGAGAUAGAGAGUCGAGCUGUCGUUGUGAUCGAAUAAGCAUGGUAUUAGACCUUUGGUUUUGUGGUUUGUCUAUACUGUUUUGCAGUUUGAAUUUGGAUGUUAUUUGAAUAUUUUAGGAACUAGAUCUUUGUAUAUGUAUGUAUAAUAUUGGUUGACGUUGUUAUUCCUGGCAUGUGUAUGAAAAUGAGACCAUUCUUUUACUUCUCA